CGUGAAAGACGGGGAACCCUGAGCUGGGCGGGCCGCUCCAGUCCAGCCAAGUUCACUCGCUUGGCCACGCCCCCGGGCCGCGCGGCCAAUCAGCGCCCCCCGUGCCGGGCUGUGCACCCCUUCCCUCCUCGCAGUGUCCCGCAGAGUUGGCGGCUCCAGGGCGCUUGGAGACAUGGCUCGUGGCAGGAUCUCCCGGCUCUCCGUCCGCGACAUACGCUUCCCCACGUCGCUCGGGGGCCACGGCUCGGACGCCAUGCACACAGACCCUGACUACUCGGCCGCCUACGUCAUCUUGGAGACGGAUGCAGAAGAUGGACUCAAGGGCUACGGAAUCACCUUCACUCUGGGAAGGGGCACUGAAGUUGUUGUCUGUGCUGUGAAUGCCCUGGCACACCACGUGCUUAACAGGGACCUCGGGGACAUUGUUGGUGACUUCAGAGGCUUCUACAGGCAGCUCACGAGCGACGGGCAGCUCAGAUGGAUCGGUCCUGAGAAGGGCGUGGUGCAUCUGGCGACGGCGGCCGUCCUCAAUGCCGUGUGGGACCUAUGGGCCAAGCAGGAGGGAAAGCCUCUGUGGAAGUUACUUGUUGACAUGGACCCCCGGAGGCUGUUAUCCUGCAUAGAUUUCAGGUACAUCACCGAUGUCCUGACGGAGGAGGAGGCCCACGAAAUACUGCAGAGAGGUCAAGUUGGUAAAAGAGAGCGAGAAGAGCAAAUGCUGACGGAGGGCUACCCUGCCUACACCACGUCGUGCGCCUGGCUCGGGUACCCGGACGCCACAUUGCAGCAGCUCUGCAGCGAGGCACUAAAGGACGGCUGGACCAGGUUUAAGGUAAAAGUUGGUGCUGAUCUCCAGGAUGACAUCCGUAGAUGCCAACUCAUCAGAAACAUGAUUGGACCUGAGAAGACCCUGAUGAUGGAUGCCAACCAGCGCUGGGAUGUGCCCGAGGCCGUGGAGUGGAUGGCGAGGCUGGCCGAGUUCAGGCCGCUGUGGAUUGAGGAGCCCACCUCCCCCGACGACAUCCUGGGACAUGCCGCCAUUUCCAAGGCAUUGGCCCCACUGGGAAUCGGCGUUGCCACGGGAGAACAGUGCCACAAUAGAGUGAUAUUUAAGCAGCUCCUACAGGCAAAAGCUCUGCAGUUUCUCCAGAUCGACAGCUGUAGGCUGGGGAGCGUCAACGAGAACCUCGCGGUGUUGCUGAUGGCCAAGAAGUUUGACGUUCCCGUGUGCCCGCAUGCUGGUGGAGUUGGCCUCUGUGAAUUGGUGCAGCAUCUGAUUAUAUUUGACUUCAUAUCUGUCUCUGCGAGCCUUAAAGACAGGAUGUGUGAGUAUGUCGACCACCUGCACGAACACUUCAAGUAUCCUGUGAGAAUCAAGAAGGCAUCCUACAUGCCCCCUAAGGAUGCUGGUUAUUCAACAGAAAUGAAGGAGGAAUCUGUAAAGAAACACCAGUAUCCGGAUGGUGAAGUCUGGAAGAAGCUCCUUGCUGCUCCAGGGGAUUAAGAAUCCAGCUCUAACACCUUUUGCUUUUCUAAGUGAAUAGGCUUAAAGUGUGUUGCAUAUGGUUUUACAAAAAUAGAAGAAAAAAAAAACCCCUGCCACUCAAAACAAGUUCAGCUGAAAGUCACACUAACUUCAGGCCUCAGCUCAGUCAUCAUUAGCACUUGGUUCUUUCAGUAAAUAAACGCAUUCUCCUACAUAAUCCUUAAACAAAGCUAGAUCCAGCCAACUCAAAGUCCAGGAAGAUGUUCUUAAAUAAUUUCUAUCCAGUGCUGGUACCCAGACAUUAAACUGUACUUUGAAAAUAA